AUGGAUGCCGAAAUACUUGAAUAUGAAGAAAUGUUAGAAUAUGAAGUCAACGAUAACUAUGAUAAAGAGAUUCAAUAUGAUGACAUAAAUUUAAUGGAUCUGAAUUUAGAUUUUAUACUAAAUUCAUUAGAAAUGAAUUUGAUUCGACCUAAAGAUUUAGACGAAACUGGUGAAUGCUUUCAAUUG